AUGAACUCAAACACGCUGCCACCGAAAAAUCAAAAUCGCGAGACGCUGAAAAAGAAUUUGAUGGAUUUCAUGGCUCAGAACUCGUUGUUAUUCUCAAUAUCAGUUCAAAAAGCAGAUCAAUUGAUCGAUAUUCUUGAGGAAAUCAAGGCUGAGCAAUUCGCAAGUCGAUUGGGCAAUGGGAAUUUCGAAAAUUCAAAUUUGGAUGAGACUACAAAUAUUCCAAUUGUCAAGCGAGAAAUUCCCGAUGAGCAAGGGCGUAAACAAGACAUGGUCCCUUCUCCAGAAUCCGAAAACCCAGUAAAUCAGACACCUCCGGAACCUUCUAGAUCCCAAAAUCCAAAUCCAAAGAAGAGUUCUGAAAUUCCAAUUCCAGCUAGGUCGAUAAAACAGGAAGUCGUGGAAAAUGAAUCUAGCCAAUCCGAGAACAAUAAAGGUCUCGAAAAUCAACCUGUAGAACAAUCUGGACGCCAGAAGAAGUCCCAAGGAUCUGCCACUGUCAAAAAGGAAGUUUUGGAGAAGAAUCGAGAGAAUCCUAAGGAUCGAAAUGGCCUGAAUUCUGGCCCAAAUGGCUCAGAAUCGAUUCAGAAUGAAUUAAAUGGCUCAAGAAGUGACCCAAAUUUUUCACCAAAUGGACCAAUUUCGACUGAAAGUUCUGGACACGCUGCGACACUCCAGAAGAAUCAAAAUGGCUUAAAUGGCUCAAAAAGUGGACCAAGCUUUGCCCAGAACAGGCCAAACUAUGGACCAAAUUUCUUCCCUCACAAUGGAUCGUUUUCUGGCCCUCCUGGAGUCAGCUUUGGCUCCAAUGGAUCAUACGUUGGUCCAUAUGGUCCUCAACUGAGACCGAAUCUCCAUCGAAAUGGUUUUCUAUGGCCGAAUCCAUCGGAUAUUCCACCACCACCACCUCCUCCGCCUCUUCCGCCUUUCCCCCAAAACUUGGGAUAUAAUGAGAACCAGAAUCAGUUCUGGAGACCAUAUGGCCAAUACCAAGGUGUCCAGAAUCAUAAGCAAGGACAAAAACGUCCUGGAAGUUCUUAUCAGAAGAAAGCAAAAAAGAACAAAGAAGAAUAUAACUUGAUUCUGCCGGAAAAUGGAUCAACGGACAUGGUUAAUUGGUCGAACCUCCAAAAAAUCCAAAUCGCACGAAAGAUCGGGAUCACCGAGGAAGGUAUUUUUGCACUGAUUCGUUGUCAUUUUGGAAUGGAAAAGAUUGUAAAUUUCCAUCCGGAUGACUUGCAAUUCUACGAACGGAUGAAAAAUUUGGCUGCCUAUACCACAGGAGCCAAAAAUGAAAGUGUACCCAGAAAUCUGUCAUUGGAGGAUUAUAAAAAAUGGUGCGGAGUCGUGCAGCCUAUCAAGAAGUUCAUUGAGGAGAAUCCAGAGGCCAAGAAGGAGCAAUUCGUGCUGCCAUGGAGGGUUUUGAUGUUGCCGGAUAGUGGAAAGGAGGAUUACAGGCAAUGGAAUAAUGCCGACAUCAUCAACCUGGCUGAAAAGAUGUCUGUCUCCGAAGAAGGGAUUCGUCGCUUGAAAUACAUCGGUUUGACUGGACACAAGGCCUCUCUGUUCCGCCAGAAUAAUAUGGAAUUAUUUCGAAAAUUGAACAAGGACGAUGAGAGAUUCCCCUGA